CUAUCGCGCAUGCGCUCAGUCGGCGUGAGGCUCACAAGGACCGGCUGCAGGAACCGGGGUGCUGAGAACACACCAGCAUUUGUUCACUGGAGAUCAGUUCUUCAACUCAUUGAUUGUACAAGGGAUUCAAACAUCUGACUGUCUGAAUUGCCAGAUGAUUGAUCACAGUGAGAUAUCGUUCUCCUUCUCUCAGUGUGGGAGGGGAUUCACUCACAGCCUACCCGCAGACACGCCAGUGAGUUCACAGUGGGGAGAGGCCAUUCACCUGCUCUGUGUGAGGGAGGGGAACUACUCAGUCAACCAGCCUGAAGAUACAUCAGCAAGUUCACACGACAGUGAGAUGCUCCACCUGUUCUGACAGCGGGAAGCAAUUCAUUCUGUCAUUGAUGCUGAAGAUAUAUCCAAAAAUUCACCAGUGAGGAGACGUUUCUCAGAGUGCAGGAAGGCACUGACACAAUCAACCACACUACAGAGACACCAGCAAAUUCACAUGGUGCCAUGGCCUUUCCCCACCUCUGAAUGUCGAAACAGAUUCAUUUAGUCAUCUCAAAUGAACGAACGUCACCAGUUCACACUGAGAAGAUGCCGCUCACCUGCUCAGACUGUGGGAAGGAGUUCACUUCGUCAUCUCAACUGAAGGUACAUCAGCGAGUUCACACUGGGGAGAGGCCGUUCACCUGCUCAGACUGUGGGAAGGAGUUCACUUCAUUAUCUCAACUGAGGGUACAUCGGCGAGUUCACACUGGGGAGAGGCCGUUCACCUGCUCAGAAUGUGGAGAGGCAUUCACUCGGUCAUCUCACCUACUGAGACACCAGCUGGUUCACACUGGGGAGAAACCGUUCAGCUGCUCAGAAUGUGGGAAGGAGUUCACUUCAUUAUCUCAAUUGAAGGUACAUCGGCGAGUUCACACUGGGGAGAGGCUGUUCACCUGCUCAGAAUGUGGAGAGGCAUUCACUCGGUCAUCUCACCUACUGAGACACCAGCUGGUUCACACUGGGGAGAAACCGUUCAGCUGCUCAGAAUGUGGGAAGCGAUUUACUCGGUCAUCUCACCUACUGAGACACCAGCUGGUUCACACUGGGGAGAAACCGUUCAGCUGCUCAGAAUGUGGGAAGGCAUUCACUCGGUCAUCUCACCUACUGAGACACCAGCUGGUUCACACUGGGGAGAAACCGUUCAGCUGCUCAGAAUGUGGGAAGGCAUUCACUCGGUCAUCUCAACUACAGGAACAUCAGCAAACUCACACUGGGGAGAAACCGUUCAGCUGCUCAGAAUGUGGGAAGGGAUUCACUCGGUCAACUGACCUGAAGGUACAUCAGCAAGUUCAUUCUGGGGUGAGUCCGUUCACCUGCUCUGAAUGUGGGAAAGGUUUCAUGCACUCAUCCAAACUACGGAGACACUUGCUGGUUCACACUGAGGAGAGGCCAUUCACCUGCUCUGAGUGUGGGAAGGGAUUCACUCAGUCAUCCAAACUACAGACACACUGGCUGGUUCACACUGGGGAGAAACCGUUUGCCUGCUCAGUAUGUGAGAAGGGAUUCACACGGUCAUCUCAACUGAAGGAACAUCAGCGAGUUCACACUGGGGAGAAACCGUUCACCUGCUCAGACUGUGGGAAGGAGUUCGCUCGUGCAUCUCAGCUGAGCGUCCAUCAACGAUUUCACACUGGGGAGAAACCGUUCAGCUGCUCUGAAUGUGGGAAGAGAUUCACUCUGUCAUCUGACUUGAAAGUACAUCAGCGAGUUCACACUGGGGAGAGGCCAUUCACGUGCUCGGACUGUGGGAAGCGAUUCAUUCGGUCAUCUCAACUGAACACACAUCAGUGCUUUCACACUGGGGAGAAACCGUUCAUUUGCUCAGACUGUGGGAAAAGAUUCACUCUGUCAUUUCGCCUACUGAGGCACCAGUUAGUUCACACUGGGGAGAAACCGUUCAUCUGCUCAGACUGUGGAAAGGAGUUCGCUCGAUCAUCUGGCUUGAAAAUACAUCAGCGAGUUCACACUGGGGAGAGGCCGUUCACCUGCUCAGACUGUGGAAAGGAGUUUGCUGGGUCAUCGGAUUUGAAAAUACAUCUGCGAGUUCACAUUGGGGAGAGGCCGUUCACCUGCUCUGUGUGUGGGAAGGGAUUCACUCACUCAUCCACCCUACAGAGACACCAGCUGGUUCACACUGGGGAGAGGCCAUUCACUUGUUCUGAAUGUGGGAAGGGAUUCACUCAGUCAUCCAACCUUUUGUCACACCAGCGAAUCCACACUGGGGAGAGGCCGUUCACCUGCUCAGAUUGUGGGAAGGCAUUCGCUCACUCAUCCACCCUUUUGUCACACCAGCGAAUCCACACUGGGGAGAGGCCAUUCACCUGCCCUGAAUGUGGGAAGGGAUUCACUCGGUCAUCCAAGCUACAGAGACACCAGUUAGUUCAUACUGGGGAGAAACCAUUCACUUUCUCAGAUUGUGGGAAGGGAUUCACUUAGUCAUCUGACUUGAAGCUACAUCAGCGAGUUCACACUGGGGACAGACCGUCAGACUAUAAGACUUAAGACCAGAAUGAGGCUGUUUACCCCAUUGAGUCUGUUCUGUCAUUUUAUCAUGGCUGAUCCAAAUUUGCUCUCCACUCCAAUCUCCUGUCUUGUCCCUGUAUCACUUCAUGCCCGGAUCAAUCAAGAUUCUAUCCACCUCUGCCCUAAAUGUACAUAAAGAAUUGGCCUCCACAGCUGCCUGUGGCACGGAAUUCCCCAGAUUCACCACUCUCAGUCCGUUCUCUGUCAUCUCCGUUCUAAAAGGACACCCCUCUAUUCUGAAGCUCUGUUCCCUGGUCGCAGACUCUUCCACCACAGGAAGCAUCCUUUCCACAUCCACUCUAUCAAGCCCUUCCACAGUUUGAUAAGUUUCCAUGAGGUCAGCCCUAAUUCCUCUGCUGAUCCAGGCUCAGGCCCAUUGAACGCUCUUCAUAUGACAAUCCAUUCAAUCCUGGAAUCUGUUUUUGUGAACAUACUCUGAACCUUCUCCAGUUUCGGCACGUCCUUUCCAAGAUCAGGGGCCCAGACCUGCCCUCCAAGUGAGGCCUCACCAGUGACGACCAACUUCCCGAAUUACAUCCUCGCUGAUAGAUUGUAGAUCUCUCGAAAUGAAUGCUGACGUUGCGUUUGCCUUCCACACCACAGACUCGACCUGCAAAUUAACCUUCAGGGAAUCCUGAACAUGGACUCCCCGUGACCCUUUGCACCUCAGUUGUUCGGUAUUUUCUGUCCAUUUCGAAGAAGUUAACACUUUCAUUUCUUCUACCAAAAUGCAUGAACAUACACUUCCCGGCACUGUAUCCCAUCUGCUGUUUUUUUUUCCCAUUCUCUAAAUCUAUCUCAGUCCUUCUGCACCCUCUCUACCGAAAACUACCUGCCCCUCCUCAUGUCUUCAUAUCGUCUGCAAACCUUGUAACAAAGCCAGCAAUUCUGUCUUCCAAACUAUUGGAAUAUUACAAAAAUCACCAGUCCGAACACAGAGCCCUGAGGAACACCACUAGUAACUGGCAGCCAACCAGAGAUGGCUCCCUUUAUUCCCAGUCUUUGCCUCCUACCAUUCAGCUUGUCAUGGUCCUGUCCAUGACGUCUGCGUUCCAGUUCACGGUCCGGUCCAUGGACUCUGGACUCUGGGUCUUCAGGCUGUCCAUUGUUUCAGUUGGGCUGAAUCACAGGCACCUGAUUCUCAAAUUGGGGCUGGAAUAUCAGUGGCCCUGGGUUCGAGUGUAGGUGCGGGUUGGUCUUGUCAGUAUCCUGUCCUUGCCACUGUGGGGUAGGUCAGGCCGUCUUUGCCAUUGCCCUGCGGUUGAUUCUGUCCCUCCCUGUCCUCGCCUCCGUUGGGUAAGACAGGCCGGCUUUGCCGUUACCCUUCCCUGGACUGUUCCCUUCCCUUCCCUUACAUCCCUUCCCCUUCUUUCAGCAACCCACGCCUGAAGCCUUGCCUGCAACCUCGCCUGUGUCAUCGCCUGAAUCACCAUCAAGUUUAACCGCUAGAGUGAGACUGGAGCCUUGUCAUGCCAACAGAAGGAACUGUUUAUCGAUGAGCUUGGAACUGUCUCUUUGUGUCCCCGUGUUAAGUGUCCGUGUAUGAGUCCCGGUCCUACGUCCUGUCCCCAAGCCUGACUCUCUGUAAAGCCCCGGCCCUACGUCCUGUCCCCAAGGAGGGGUCCUGACACUAUGUAAAGCCCCGGCCCUACGUCCUGUCCCCAAGGAGGGGUCCUGACACUAUGUAAAGCCCCGGCCCUACGUCCUGUCCCCAAGGAGGGGUCCUGACUCUGUGUAAAUCCCCGGCCCUACGUCCUGUCCCCAAGGAGGGGUCCUCUAUGUAAAGCCCUGGCCCUACGUCCUGUCACCAAGGAGGGGUCCUGACUCUAUGUAAAGCCCCGGCCCUACGUCCUGUCCCCAAGGAGGGGUCCUGACUCUAUGUAAAGCCCCGGCCCUACGUCCUGUCCCCAAGGAGGGGUCCUGGCUCUAUGUAAAGCCCCGGCCCUACGUCCUGUCCCCAAGGAGGGGUCCUGACUCUAUGUAAAGCCCCGGCCCUAAGUCCUGUCUCCAAGGAGGGGUCCUGGCUCUGUGUUCAGUGUUCCAGUGCUCGAGUCCAAUGCUCAGUAGGAAGACUGUUUGCCGCUACUCGAGUGGACUGUCGUUGUUUGUCGUUCCGUGUCCAAGUCCAGUCCAAGUCUCAGGCUUCGAGUCAAGUCCAGUCCGGGUCAAAGUCUCCGAGGAGGUUUCCACUCCAUGUUCAAGGCUCCGAGGAGUUUCCCAGUCCUGUUACCUUGCCACGUCCAGUCCUCGUCUGGAUCCGGAGUCCGAGCCCAAGUCAAGACCCAGGUUCCGGGGCCCUGUCCAGUCUAGUCUCCAGAUUCCAGCUGGUGUCCAGCAAGUGAUGAUAAAAAGCAGCUCUGCUGAGACACAGGCAGACACACCACGGGACACUGAAAGAGCGUUGUGCACCCAUGUGAAGGUGGGGGUUUGUAGGAUCGAUCAGGGGCUCACAGUGUGUGAAAGGUGCGACCGGUGGGGGCUUGUUUGUGUGUCCACCCUUGCCUGCGUGACAGGUCCACCACUGAAGAACGGUCGUACAUGGUCAUGGUCGAUGACUACAACAGGACAGGAAGCCAACGGACAGUUCGAUGGUAACGUGUGUGUGUCUCUCUCCCCCCUCCUCCCUCCACCUGAACUGAACUGAACUCUUCACCAUCGUAAAACUAACCAUUUACAUCUAGACUUUGAAAGAGCUAGGUUUUGAUUCCUAUUUCCACACUUCUGUACAUAUCAUUGCUAACCUGUUUCACAUAUUUGCAUUUUAUAGUACUGUAUUGCUUAGUUUACUAAUAAACACUAUUAGCUACAGUAA